CUAAAAUGCAGACUCAUGUUUCUUUAUAAAAAAAUAAAAUUCAAAUUUACCAAAUUCAAUUUCUUUUCUUAAAACACACCAAAUUCAGAUCCAUUAAAAAAAUUUAAACAAAAUUCAACUCUGACAUAAUUUUGACAGAUUCAAUUCCUUAUCCCAAUUGACGUCUUGACUGAAUCCCCUAUCUAAUUGACGGCUUUUCUGGCACAUAUUCCAUUAAAAAAAUGUAUGGUUGGAAUUUGAGAUCUAUCUGAAAACAGUGUGUGUCCCAUGCAUGAAAGAAGUGUAAAUGAAAUAGGUUACUUCUACUGGGAGGUGGAUUUGAAAUGGUCCUGUGAAGCCUAUUUAAUACCAGUUUGAGGUCCUGCCGUGGCGAUUCCAGAUGCAAAUAUUGUUGCUUUAGGGUUUUUUCUAUCGUAAAACCUUCCCCGCUUUAGGUCUCUGUUGAGCUUCACCACAGAUGAUAUUAAUAAUAUAGCAUUUGUUAACACUAACAUUGCUUCAUUCCAUUCGUCGGUUCCGAGCAAGGUUACGCUGAAUCAAUUAGUGACAACUUGCACACAACUGAGGGUUAAGCCGAAUUGUUGCGACCGCGAGGAUGAGUCUGGCUUCGGCAGCUCUGUCAUCUUGUUUGGUGCCAUCAAGCAAGAGUGGAUUCUCUCAGAAGAGUUUCGGUGUAGUGCCCUUAAGUGUAGGCGCAGUGCCCAUAAAUUUAAAGAUCGUAGCUCAGGAAGGAGACCUUUCUGCUAAAAGGGGCGUUCGCCUUCAGGCUGAAAAAGCUCUGUCCUCAGCCUCAACCCCAACUGUUGAGCGAGAAUGGAGUAGAUCUGUGGAAACUCUGCUGCCUCUGCCAAGCUCAUUCAUCUCACGCUAUGGGGAUAACGAGCCAAGGAAAGGAGCAGACAUAAUAGUAGAAUCUCUGGAGCGAGAGGGCGUUGAUCACGUGUUUGGAUACCCUGGAGGGGCGUCUCUGGAGAUUCAUCAGGCACUCACUCGAUCCAAGGUCCUUAGGAAUAUACUCUGUCGCCACGAGCAGGGAGAAAUAUUUGCAGCAGAGGGUUAUGCUCGAUCCACGGGGAAGGUGGGUGUGUGCAUUGCAACAUCUGGUCCGGGUGCGACCAACUUGGUAAGUGGUCUUGCUGAUGCUUUGCUUGAUAGCAUUCCUUUAGUUGCCAUCACUGGCCAGGUGCCUCGCAGAAUGAUAGGUACUGAUGCCUUUCAAGAGACUCCAAUUGUAGAGGUCACACGGUCCAUUACCAAACACAAUUACCUGAUCAUGGAUGUUGAGGAUAUUCCUCGUGUUAUAAGAGAGGCAUUUUUUCUUGCAGCAUCUGGAAGGCCGGGUCCGGUUUUAGUUGAUAUCCCAAAGGAUGUUCAGCAGCAAAUGGCAAUUCCCAAUUGGACCGUGCCUAUCAAGCUUAACUCAUAUAUUCAAAGACUCCCAAAGUCUCCACAGAUUCCCCAGUUAGAGCAGAUCCUGCGCUUGAUAUAUAAUUCUAAGAGACCAGUACUUUAUGUCGGUGGAGGUUGUCUAAAUGCAAGCCAAGAACUCAGAGAAUUUGUCGACUACACAGGCAUUCCAGUGGCUUCUACUUUGAUGGGUUUGGGAUCUUUUCCAUCGUCGGAUGAGAGAAGCUUGGAGAUGCUGGGAAUGCAUGGUACUGUUUAUGCAAAUUAUGCAGUGGAUAAAGCUGACCUGUUACUUGCUUUUGGUGUACGGUUUGAUGAUAGAGUAACUGGUAAAUUAGAGGCAUUUGCAAGCCGUGCCAGCAUUGUUCACAUUGACAUAGAUCCAGCAGAAAUUGGAAAGAACAAGCAGCCACAUGUCUCCAUGUGUGCAGACGUACAACUUGCACUGCAGGGCUUAAAUGAUCUAAUGAAAAAUAGGGUAGACAGGCCAGAUUUCCAGUUGUGGAGUGAAGAACUAAAAGAACAGAAGACAAAGUGGCCUAUGAAGUAUGAGAAAUUUGAAUAUGCAAUUUCUCCUCAACAUGCUAUUCAGUUGGUUUGUGAACUCACAAAUGGCGAGGCAAUUAUUGCCACUGGAGUGGGUCAGCACCAGAUGUGGGCUGCUCAAUGGUUCAAAUAUGACCGUCCUCGACAGUGGUUGACAUCAGGAGGUCUUGGUGCUAUGGGCUUUGGAUUGCCUGCAGCAUUAGGGGCUGCUGUUGGUAAUCCUGGGAUAACUGUUGUUGAUAUAGAUGGCGAUGGUAGUUUUCUAAUGAAUGUUCAGGAAUUGGCUACCAUUAAAGUAGAGAAUUUGCCAGUGAAAAUUAUGAUAUUGAACAAUCAACACUUGGGUAUGGUUGUCCAGUGGGAAGAUCGAUUUUAUAAAGCAAACAGAGCGCACACAUACCUUGGAGAUCCCUCACAGGAAACUGAGAUCUUUCCAGAUUUCUUGAAGAUGGCAGAGUCGUGUAAGAUUCCUGCAGCACGAGUCACAAAUAAAGCAGAUCUAAGGGAUGCUAUUUCUCAAAUGCUUGAGACACCUGGGCCAUACUUAUUGGAUGUGAUUGUGCCUCAUCAAGAGCAUGUAUUGCCAAUGAUUCCUGCUGGUGGAGGUUUCAAGGAUAUCAUUACAGAAGGUGAUGGAAGACGUUCAUAUUAGAAAACUCUUAAAUUGCUCAAUGUAUCAUACCAUCCUCAGUGCAUGUGAUUUUGAGUCUUACUAAAUUUUGUGCUUGACUUUGCUUUAGUUUUCUUAUAUCCCGCCAGAAGCUGACUUUGUUCAUAAGGAUGUUUAAGAUAUGAUCUAUAUUAAUUUUUGAAUGAAAAAGUUUGAGAUAGGACACUGA